CUUCCGCCCUGACGUCCACGACGUCUUUACGUCAACGUACGGAUCCAUGACAAAAGCUUCCCGUGAGGCGGUGGUAGCGGUUCCCCAAACAUGUCUGUUAUUCCCCGGGUUGACACGCCGAGUAUGACCGAGGAUGGGAAUCUCCCCGCCGCCUGAACCAGCGAUUUAUCCCCCGACCACGGAGCUUUAAACCGCGCGGAGGCCUCCGGGCUCCUCGUCUGACGUUACCCGAGAGAAGAUGGCGGACUUCUCGCCCGUCCUGCCGAUGCGGGAUGGAGGAGGACGUUUCGCGCAGCCCAUCUUCCCUCGGUCCAGGUCCGGUUCCGAGUCGGAGAGCGAGCUGUCGCAGAGCCUGGCCCGGACCAAGAUCCGCUCGUACGGAAGCACCGCCAGCGUCACGGCCUCCCUGGGGGAGAAGUACAUAGAGCAUCGGGUUACCGACAGCGACACGCUGCAGGGCAUCGCUCUCAAGUACGGCGUCACGAUGGAGCAGAUCAAGAGAGCCAACAAGCUGUUCAGCAACGACUGCAUCUUUCUGAAGAACAGCCUCAACAUCCCCGUGGCGUCGGAGAAGCGCUACAUAUUUAACGGACUGUCUCUGGAGUCCCCCGACGGGGACGCGGCGUGCCAGGGAGCCGACCCGCCCUGCGUGGUGCUGCGUGACAUCGAGGGGCCCUCGCCGGCCCCGUCCCCGCCCCCCGAGGACCCCAGACCCCCCCAGCCAGAGGAGCUGUCGGCCAAAGACUUCUUACACAGACUGGACUUGCAAAUCAAACAAUCGAAGCAAGCGGCACGCAGACUGAAGGAUGAGCAAGUAAGGAACGACGAGGACUACACGGCCCCCACAACAUCAUAUCAGGAGAUAUGAGGGACCCGUACUGCAACCACAUCGCUUUUGUUUUACUUUUCCCUUUACUGCUUUGCUUUUACCAAACCAUGUUUAAGAAAAGUGUCCUGUUUGCCUUUUAUUUAUUGGUAUGCAACUGUUGCGAUAUGCGUGAUGGUUCUUGUUGUGUACAGCUCGGAGGAGCGCCCAUGCACUCAUCAUGUGCUUCUGAAGCUACUGUAAGGAACACACCUGCUGCUCACACACACACACACACACACACACACAGCGCUAAGCAAGUCCAGAGGGAUUAGCUUGUUCAAGUUGCUAACCGCUUCUGAUGUGCUAAAUCCCCUCCUAUAAUAGUAUCACUGGAAAGUAUAUUCAGGCCUUCCUCAUCAAUGUUUACCCCGUACGAGCUCACCCCGAACAGGAAGCGGAUGGACUCGAGCCUUUGAACACGUUCAGUUUUGCCUCAUUCAAGCUUUGUUUUUUGGGGCGGGAGGAAACCGAAGGGACUGCUCUAUUUUUUUUUUUUUGAGGUGUGAAUGCAAUUAUUUAUGUGUGGAGAACUGGCUGUUCCAGCAGUUCAUAAUGUACCUUUUUAAAGUUCUGUUGGUUUUAUUUAGAAUAAAUGUGUUAUCAAACCAAA